AUGAGCUUUUGCAAGGUGAAGGAAUUGAGCUUUUUAGACUUAUCUAAGAAUAAAUUUACUGAGACUAUACCUGCUUGUUUGAAUGUCUCAUCACUGAGAUACUUGCAUUUGGAAGGCAAUGAAUUUACUGGAUUCGUGCUGAAAGUUUUGUCUGAAGCUUCUGCACUUGUGACACUAGACAUGAGAAACAAUAACUUAAUUGGCAGAAUUCCUAGUUGGAUAAGUUCACUCUCAAAUUUGAGGUUUCUUCUUCUGGGAGGAAAUCAACUCGAAGGUUCAAUUCCUCCCCAACUCUGCUACCUUAAGAAUGUUAGCAUGCUUGAUCUUUCCUCAAAUAAUCUUUCUUCCUUUUUGCCUUCUUGCCUGCAUAAAGUACUGUUUGGGAGCAAAAUAACAUUUGAUGAUGUCACAGUUUGGCUUAAUUCAUACGAAUGGUCUUCUGAUUAUCCUCUUAGUACAUACUCGUAUGAAAGCCAACUUCAAAUAGACCCACGCGUGGAGUCCUAUGAUGCAACUACAGAUUAUGAAGAACAAGUGGAAUUUAUAACAAAAAGUAGGUCUGAAUUAUACACAGGAAAGGUAUUGAAGUACAUGUCUGGAAUUAAUCUUUCAUUCAACAAUUUUACUGGUCCAAUUCCUAAUGAAAUUGGGUUUUUGAGUGAUAUCCGCGCUUUGAACUUAUCACACAAUCAGUUCACAGGCUUUAUCCCAACUACAUUCUCCAACUUAAAGCAGAUAGAAUGUUUGGACCUCUCUCACAAUAAAUUGAACGGCCAAAUACCUCUAGAAUUGAUAGAAAUGACCUUUCUGUCAAAAUUUUCUGUGGCAUUCAACAAUUUAUCAGGGAAAAUACCAGACAAGAAGCAGUUCUUAACAUUCGACAACAGCAGUUAUGAAGGUAACCCUUUACUUUGUGGACAACUGUUAAGAGAAAGUUGCAACAACAGCUCUAGCAUUGAGCCAUCUUCAAAGCCAAUUAUAGAGAGUGACCCUUUCAAAGAUACAUUUGUGUGGAGUUUAAUAGCAUCAUAUAUUGUAGCAUUUAUAGCUUCCUUUAUUAUUUUUCUAUGUUGUACCGACUAUUCAGAACGAUUACUUAUGUAUGUUCGGGCAAAAUUUGUAGUUUUCUCUUUCUAA